AUGAGUACGUGGAAUGCCCUGUUUCUGGUGCUACAGCUAAGAAUAAGGAGAACCUUGAUCCUUCAAACCUGGUGGAAGUGGAAGGAUGAUGAUAUUAGUCAGAAAGAUAUGUAUAAUAUCAUUAGAAUCCACAAUCAGAAUAAUGAGCAAGCUUGGAAGGAGAUUUUGAAGUGGGAAGCCCUUCAUGCUCAUGAGUGUCCUUGUGGCCCAUCAUUGGUCCGAUUUGGAGGCAAAGCCAAAGAAUAUUCACCAAGGGCAAGAAUUCGUUCCUGGAUGGGGUAUGAGUUGCCUUUCGACAGGCAUGACUGGAUCAUCAACCGUUGUGGCACAGAAGUUAGGUAUGUGAUUGAUUACUAUGAUGGCGGUGAGGUCAACAAGGACUACCAGUUCACUGUCCUGGACGUGCGUCCUGCCUUCGAUUCCUUCUCAGCAGUAUGGGACAGAAUGAAGGUUGCUUGGUGGCGCUGGACUUCGUAACCACUGUUUUGUUUGUUAGGAAAAAACUAAAACUAAUUUUUUUUUUCUGAGAAAGAUGUUAAACUUUUCCCCAAACUAAAUGCACUCAUAGUGUCACCAUGGGACUUUUCAAGUGUAUAAUCAAACUUGAUCUUUCAUGCAAAGAUGCCAUGCUCCAUUAAAUUUUGAGUCACAUUUUCCAUUACAGUUGAUAGGUCGUUUAAAUUUUUUUUUCCAUUUGGUGUAAGUGGGAACUAGUCCCUUAGUUUUCCCAUUAACUGCAGUAUUUCAUGUUACUUUCUAUAAACAGUCUGAAAAAGGAGCUUUUAAAAAAGCAUAGAAAGCUGUUCUUCUCCUUACUGUUUUCUUGGGAGUAUUUGAAAGUGUGAUGCUUUUACCUGCCAAAUAUUUUAACUUUAUUCAUUAUAAAAGAAGCACUUACUCUUGUUUUAAAAGUAAGCAAUAUUUCUUAAAUCCCCACAGUCUAAAUAGCAACCCUGAACAAAAUGCAAAAGUAUAUACUGAAUGUACUCAGCAAGACUAAUACAGGUUCAAGUGUAUUUUUCAGACUUGACCUUGAUAGAAGGUUCAACUCAAUGAUAUAUGCAAAUUUCAAAAUACUUUGCCUCUCAUUCCUGUUCUAAUAUGUGACUAUUAAUGAAAAGCUGGUCUCACUGUCCUGGAAAGUUGACAGAUUAUUUUAAGUUAUCACAUCCCAGUCCAUUCUCCCACCAGGAGUUUUUCCACAGUAGCCUAAUGUAAACCUUGAAAGCCUGGCUCCAGUUAGAGGGCCGGCAGUGUCCCUUUGAAAAACAAGAUUAUAUUGGCUAAUUGUUAGAAUUCACAAGAUGUGUUUUUCUCCUCAGACGUGGAAUGUUUGCAUCAACUCACCAUCCGUUUUAUGUUUAUUUUAAGCAAGCACUAAGUUUGCUGCUGGAAACUGGCUGUUUUAAUUUUAAUUAUAGCAGCAUGUUAGAAAUAACUUGUUUUCUGAAGUGUUGAUACAAUGAAAAUUUUUAAUUUAUCCUAAAUACUGUAUUGUUACAUUAGUGGAUGGAGUUGGUGUCUUGAGUUACUAAUUUGAUGUAGAUCUCUUUCUUGUAUGAUGCUUCAAAAAUCCAACAUUUAAAAAUAUUUGUAUUUUUUAAAUAAAGAUGACAGUAAAAAGG